GCGCAUGAGCAGGAGCCCGGCGAGCCCGUGAGAGGAGCCGCCGCCGCCGCCGCCGUCCAUUCGCUGCGGAGCCGGAGGAGGAGGGGAGAGGCCUGGAGGACACCAACAUGAACAAGUUGAAAUCAUCGCAGAAGGAUAAAGUUCGUCAGUUUAUGAUCUUCACACAAUCUAGUGAAAAAACAGCAGUAAGUUGUCUGUCUCAAAAUGACUGGAAGUUAGAUGUUGCAACAGAUAAUUUUUUCCAAAAUCCUGAACUUUAUAUACGAGAGAGUGUAAAAGGAUCAUUGGACAGGAAGAAGUUAGAACAACUAUACAAUAGAUACAAAGAUCCUCAAGAUGAAAAUAAAAUUGGAAUAGAUGGUAUACAGCAGUUUUGUGAUGACCUGGCCCUCGAUCCAGCCAGCAUUAGUGUGUUGAUCAUUGCGUGGAAGUUCAGAGCAGCAACACAGUGUGAGUUCUCCAAACAGGAGUUCAUGGAUGGCAUGACAGAAUUGGGAUGUGACAGCAUAGAAAAACUAAAGGCCCAGAUACCCAAGAUGGAACAAGAAUUGAAAGAACCAGGACGAUUUAAGGAUUUUUACCAGUUUACUUUUAAUUUUGCAAAGAAUCCAGGACAAAAAGGAUUAGAUCUAGAAAUGGCCAUUGCCUACUGGAACUUAGUGCUUAAUGGAAGAUUUAAAUUCUUAGACUUAUGGAAUAAAUUUUUGUUGGAACAUCAUAAACGAUCAAUACCAAAAGAUACUUGGAAUCUUCUUUUAGACUUCAGUACGAUGAUCGCAGAUGACAUGUCUAAUUAUGAUGAAGAAGGAGCAUGGCCUGUUCUUAUUGAUGACUUUGUGGAAUUUGCACGCCCUCAAAUUGCUGGGACAAAAAGUACAACAGUGUAGCACUAAAGGAACCUUCUAGAAUGUACAUAGUCUGUACAAUAAAUACAACGGAAAAUUGCACAGUCAAUUUCUGCUGGCUGGACUGAACUGAAGAUCAAUCCUCACAAUUCAGACUGAGGGUUGAGACAAAACUUUAAGGAUACAUCUUGGACCAUAUCGUAUUUCAUUCUUCUAAUGGUGGUUUGGGCUUGUCUUCUAGUCUGGGCCGCUCUAAACAUUUAUAAUUCCAACGUUGUGGAUUUCAUCUUAUCUCUGUGGACCAUCCUAGUUUAUUCACCCAUAAGUCUUAGAAGCUUUAUGGUGAUUAUUUUGAGGUUUCCAUUCUUGCAUAAAGCACAAUGCUGUCUUCAUCAGAAAACAGUUUGGCAUAAGAAUUAAAACAUAUGAACAUCACAAACAAUUUAUAAAAACUUCUUAAAUAUACGCUUUGGGCUAGUUGCAAAGACUUUGCUGAUAGCACUUCCAAUGAGAGUGAUAUAUUUAAGUGUACCGGAUCUGGAAUGGUGUUUUGGUUUGGGGGGAUUUUUUUUCUGGCAAAUCACAUGUAUUGUUGACAUGAGUAGAGUAUCUGAUGAAAGAAAUGUCAAAAUAACCAACGUGAAAAAUUUUUAGGAUAACUUGGUGCCUACCAGAAAAAUGUAUUGUGUUUCAGACUCUUGAUUUCAAAAAAGGUUCCACAGAACUAGUCUGCACUUAUCUAACCCAUGUUUAUAUAUAGUUGUCCUACAGGGAGCUUUUAUUUAGAAAAUGUUUGCAUAAUGUUAGAUUCCCCUCCUGUCUACAUUAUGCACUACAUAAUUGGAUUUCAUAAUGCUUUUGAAAUGCUUAUAUGCCUGUUGAAUAAGUUAAACUAUUUAAUUUGUUUUGAAUGUUUUGGAUUGCUACACAAUACAAUCUAAAUUUAGGCAUGAGGGUUUAUUUUUUGGUUUAUUUUUUUUUGUUUGUUUUCUUGGUCAUCGUACUAUGGAACACAAAUGAAAUUCUCUUAAUUUAUAAGAAGAUAUAGUAGGAAUUAAAUUUUGAAAAUGGUUGUGAUGAGCCAUGAAGUUCAAUCUUCAUAAUAUAGGUACUGCUUUUUCAGACAAAUAGUCCAUUUUUGAUGACUUCUUAUUUUGUUGAAAUUGUUUUAACUGCUAAUCACUGUGGUUGCCAAAUACUUACUUCAGGAGCAAAGAUUUUCAAACAAGCAUACAUUUGGUGCAAAAUACCAAUCUGACUUCUAUUUUCAUAAAUUAUUUAGUCUCUUUACUGUUUUGUUUCACUCAAAUUUGCUCAGUUUUCACAUCAAAGCAAAGGGCUGUCUUGUAUGUCUUAUUAUUAUUAUUAUUAUUAUUAUUAUUACAAGACCCAUGAACUGCUUUCAUGCUGAAAAUGCUCAUUUCUCUGUUCACUUACUGACAUGUGAAGAAGGAUUUAUUGCUUUCUUAAACAUUUCUGUAAGGCAGGUUAAAAAUGUAAAACUUCAAAUGUUGGAUGACUGGUCUUUAAGAGGAAUAGACUUCGCUUGGUAUAUUCAGGCACUCUCUGAGGUCUAGUGUUGAUAUUAAAAAACGAAUGUAUUUCAGAAUAGCAGUAUAUUUUAUGCAAAUGUGGAAAUGAUUUUAAGAAACAAUGACAUGUUAAAAUUGCUUUUUAUUUGCAUUACUUUAAAAUCAACCAGAAAGCUUUCCCCUUAGAUAUUAUGUUAAUAUUCCAAUCAUAACUUUAAUUCAAGAAUGCAGUUCUACAAGAAAAGAAAAUUUGAAAGUUUCUAUUCAGGUUACUGGAAUUGGUUAUUAAAAGAAAAGAGAAGAAGAAUCCUGCUGCUUUUAGUAUUUCUUGAUUUCAUUUUUGUAAAUAUAAAGAG